AUGCUUUGAAAGGGGGAGGAAACUCUCCCCCCGCCGCCGCGCUCGCGCGCACGGCCAAAGUGAAGUGAAGAUGUUGUUCCUCCUCGAUCAGCAGUGCAGCCCGCCAUCCUGCGUCCUCCUCCGCUGCCAGCCCGCCACACCGCCUCGCUCUCCGCUUCCACAGCAGGAGGAGGAGCAGCAGGAGGAGGAGAAGGGAGACGCCAAGGAUCCGGAGAAGCGUCCCCUCUGAGGCGCAUCAGCGGGGAGGGAGGGAUGGAUGCGCGGACAAAGGGACGCCUCCUCUUCGCCCUGGGCCUCCUGUGCGGCUGUUCCUGGCCAGCUCCAGUCCUCUCCAAAGGGGGUCCAGCGGGGCAGCCGGACGCGCCGCCCUCAGUGCAGGGCACUUUGCCGCUCUUCAUCCAGGAGCCAGAAGAUGCUUAUAUCGUUAAAAGCAACCCCAUCAAGCUGCGCUGCCGCGCCACGCCUGCCUUACAGAUCUUCUUUAAAUGCAACGGGGAAUGGGUGCACCAGAACCAACACGCGUCCCUGGAGUAUAAAGACCUGAACACCGGGCUGAAGGUGCGCGAGGUGAUGAUCAAUGUGUCCCGUCAGCAGGUGGAGGAUUUCCACGGGCCGGAGGACUACUGGUGUCUCUGUGUGGCCUGGAGCCACCUGGGGACCUCCAAGAGCCGCAAAGCAACUGUCCGCAUUGCCUAUCUGAGGAAAAACUUUGAAGAGGACCCCCAGGGGAAGGAGGUGCCCAUCAGCGGCAUGAUCGUCCUGCACUGUCGUCCUCCAGAGGGCGUUCCUGCACCACAGGUGGAAUGGCUAAAAAACGACGAGCUGGUGACUUCCCUCCCUGAUGACAAGAUGGACACCCGAGCCGACCACAGCCUCAUCAUCAGCGAGGCCUGCCUGUCCGACUCGGGCAACUACACGUGUGUGGCCAGCAACAUCGUGGCUAAGAGACGCAGCGCCACGGCCGGCGUGGUCGUCUACGUGAACGGCGGCUGGUCACUGUGGACGGAGUGGUCUGCCUGUAACGUGCCGUGUGGGCGGGGCAUCCAGAAACGCUCCAGAACGUGCACCAACCCGGCGCCUCUGAACGGUGGAGCCUUCUGCGGCGGCAUGUCUGUGCAGAAGAUCAGCUGCAACGCGCUCUGCCCAAUUGAUGGCGGCUGGGACGAGUGGAGCGAAUGGACGGCGUGCAGCGGUCAGUGCGAACGGCAGCGGAGUCGGGAAUGCGGCUCCCCGGCACCCAGACACCGCGGCAAGAUGUGCGAAGGAAACGGCAAGGCCACGGAGAACUGCACAGAUGGACUGUGCAGCCAGAACAUGGAGAACUCCAUCGACGUGGCUCUGUACUCGGGCCUGGGAGCAGGAUUAUUCGCCGUGGUCAUCCUCAUCGUGGCGGUCAUGUUGUACAGGAAGAGCCACAGCGACUAUGGCGUUGAUGUCAUCGAUUCCUCGGCUCUCACUGGGGGGUUCCAGUCUUUAAACUUCAAGACCAGCAGACCAGGAAACCCGCUGCUGCUCAACUCCUCCAUGCAGCCGGACAUGACAGUGGGGCCGACGUACAGCACGCCGCUCUGCUUCCACGCCGCCGCCGACAAGGAGCUCUUUGACCCCCUGCCGGACAUCAAGGUCAAAGUUCAGAGCUCCUUCAUGGUGUCCCUGAGUGUGGCCCAACGAGCCGAGUUCCACGCCAAAGCGCCCGGCGAGUCUCACCCGCAGGACCACGGCUGUGAUUUCUGUAGCACUGUGGACAAACGCAAGAAAGUCCCGCCGAUGCUGAACGGGCCCCUGAGCGCCGGCAGGGAGCAGCUGAGGACCAGCGGCGUGUUCAGCCAUGCGGGAGGACGGCUGGUGGUGCCGAACACAGGAGUCAGCCUCCUGGUGCCUCAUGGAGCCGUGGCUGAAAAUAGGUCCUGGGAGAUGCACAUGGUCAUCAAUCAGGGGGAUGCAAGUGCCCAGACGCUGGAAGGCUGUGAAAUCCUGGUGGGCCCAGAGGUGACAUACGGCCCUUCAGACCUGGAUCUCUUAUGCCCUGUUGCCAUGACCAUGGCCCACUGUGCAGAGGUGGAUGCUGAGAACUGGAACAUUCAGCUGAAGAGGAAAACCCAGGACGGUAAAUGGGAGGAAGUGAUGUCAGUGGAUGAGGAGUCCACUUCCUGCUACUGCCUGAUGGAUUCCACCAGCUGCCACCUGCUGCUGGACCAGCCGGGCUCCUACGCCCUGGUGGGCGAGCCGCUGACGCAGGCUGCUGUGAAGAGGCUGAAGCUGGCCGUGUUUGGGAGCGUGGAGUCGGGCCCUCUGAUCUACAGUCUGCGGGUCUACUGUGUGGACGACACGCCACACGCCUUUCAGGGAGUGGUGGCUGCAGAGAAGACCAGAGGCGGUCAGCUCCUGGAGGAGCCAAAGAUGUUGCCUUUCAGAGCGAACACCUUCAGCCUCCAGGUGUCCAUCCAGGACGUUCCUCAGUUCCUGUGGAGCAUCAAACCCUUUACCACAUGUCAGGAAUUCUCCUUCCCUCAAGUGUGGUGCAGCAACCAGCAGCCCCUGCACUGUGCCUUUUGGCUGGAGAGAUACAGCCCUGCCACCACCCAGCUCUCCUGCAAAAUCAGCGUGCGACAGGUCAAAGGCCACGAGCAGAUUCUGCAGGUCUACGCUCCUGUGGCCGAGGGUGAAAAGGAGCCAGUUGGGUUCUGUAUGGAGACUGACUGCACCGUCACGUCCCAAACGGGGCCCAAAGCCUUUAAAAUCCCGUUGUCCAUCCGCCAGAGGAUCUGCGUGACCUUUGACACUGCCAACGCCAGCGGCAAGGACUGGCAGCUCCUCGCCCAGAAACUCCACCUGGACAGGAACCUGGGCUUCUUCGCCAAGCAGCCGAGUCCCUCUGCUGUCAUCCUGAGCCUGUGGGAGGCUCGCCACCAGGAAGCUGCAGACCUUGACUCUUUAGCCAGCGCCUUGGAGGAAAUUGGAAAGAUCCACUCCCAAAGCUCCCCAAAGGAGCCGGAUGGAGAGGGGCCUGAACUCUGCCACAUAGCAGGAGGCGGUCUUAAUGCUGCGGAUGAACCGGCAGCGCCAGACGGCGAGGACUGCGUCCCUGAAAACACUGGCUGAGAGAGAAGGAGGCCGGUUCUGACCGGCUGACCCACGCAGGUGUGUGUGAGCAGGCCCGGCUGAUGGACCUGGGCCUCAGCAGGGGGUCUGGGAGCACGGCGGGCCGAGGUGAGCCAGCUCCCACUGUGGAUCUGCCCUUCUGGGUAACGAGGACGGACUCUGAAUCCAAGUCUGCCUUUCGUCUGCUUUCUGCAGCUCUUUGCUUUCGGUUGACGUCUUUUUGUUGUUCUUUCAUAUGAAAUGUGGUUAAAAUGAAGGGACUUUAAUUUAGAGAUGCUCCUGUUCACAGACGGUCACCCGGAGGUCACCCAGAGGUCACCCUCUGUCCUUUCACUGGAAAAAAUCUACAUCGAAAUAAGUCAUUUUUUUCUUAAAAUAAGUGCAUUUUUUCUUGAACUGAGGAGGUAAAAGAGACAUUUUAUUAAUGGAUCAAGACCAUUUACAUUUAAAAUAUGAAAACUAAACCUAAAUAUCUUAUUUUAGGACUAAAAAUACUCAUUCCAUUGGCAAACUGCCUCAUUUACCUACAAAAUUAAGGGUAAAAACAUUUGAUUUAAGAAAUUUGACUUAUAUUUCGAUGGUUUUUCCAGUGCUGGACGAUGGAGAUGUUUCGUUUUACGUUCAUUCUUCUUCUUUUUCCCAUUUAAAGCAGCUGAACAUUAACAUUACUGUAAAAGUGAAGCAGAUACUCAGUCACUGCUGGAGGCAGAAGCAGCCUGUGAACCAAGCGUCUCUGGCUGAUAGAGAGGAAGCAGGAAAACAUCACUUCCUGUCGCCUGUUAUCGCCUGAUUCCCUCCUUUAACGGUUACCAGUAGACCUCAUAUCAGCCACUGACACGCUAACCACCCCCCCACCCCCACCC